CCUUUUACACACCUCCCCAAUACAUCAAAAUGCCUUUACACACAUCCCCGAUACAUCAACUGCAUUUUACACACAUCCCCAAUACAUCAAAAUGCCUUUACACACAUCCCCAAUAUGUCAAACUGCCUUUACACACAUCCCCAAUAUGUCAAACUGCCUUUACACACAUCCCCAAUACAUCAACUGCAUUUUACACACAUCCCCAAUACAUCAAAAUGCCUUUACACACAUCCCCAAUAUGUCAAACUUCCUUUACACACAUCCCCAAUAUGUCAAACUGCCUUUACACACAUCCCCGAUACAUCAACUGCAUUUUACACACAUCCCCAAUACAUCAAAAUGCCUUUACACACAUCCACAAUAUGUCAAACUGCCUUUACACACAUCCCCGAUACAUCAACUGCAUUUUACACACAUCCCCAAUACAUCAAAAUGCCUUUACACACAUCCCCAAUAUGUCAAACUGCCUUUACACACAUCCCCAAUAUGUCAAACUGCCUUUACACACAUCCCCGAUACAUCAACUGCAUUUUACACACAUCCCCAAUACAUCAAAAUGCCUUUACACACAUCCCCAAUACAUCAACUGCCCUUUACACACAUCCACAAUACAUCAAACUGCAUUUCACACUAAACCAACCCCUGCUAAGAUGCACUGUAUCCAUUUACAGAAUCCACGUUGAUCUAAAGGGGUGAGCAGGUUGACAAUAUACAGUGAUAUACAUAUACAGUUUUUUUACCAUGCUUUAUUUUGGCUAGAUAAUUCACUUUUAAGGCCUUCCUACUACCCUAAGGUCUAUUCAAAUGUAGGUCAUUACUGCACGUUUAAUGUACUGGACUUCUCUCCUGUGUUUCUCCUUACAGAUACAUUAAGCCAAGCGGUGGGUUCUAGGUUAACACCACCAACCAUGCUGCAGUUCACCGUGGUUCUGAUGUUAAUUGCUACUCUAACAGAGACUUUCCCCACUAGCAGUCUCAGAUACUCCCACUAUACCCAAGGGGAGAGUCCAGACAGUGCAAUACUAAAAGUCUUGAGAGAUUUAUCCACUGCAUCAACAGAGGGCCCACCCCCUGACAAACUUCCUGCUCUUCUACCCAAUGAAGUAGACAAACCACUGCUAGAGGCGGAACUACCCAGAAGGGUGUGGUGGUGGUGGUACCCAGCGAAGCCCCACCCACAAAACAGGAUUCGUCAGAAUCGAGCAUGGAGGUCCUCAUACAACCAUAACUCCUUCGGCCUACGUUACGGGAAAUGAUAGUUAUUAGGAUAGGCUCUACGUCUCUCAGUUAUGUAUUUGAUUAUAUUUUGUAGGUAGAUAUAUUCAUGUGUAAAAAGCAGACAAAAUCCCAAGGCCUACACUUGAAAUAUUGCCAUAUCAUCUAUGAUGAUUCAUGACAGCUAUUGAUGAAAUUACUUUAUAAUGAAUUUACAAUUUCUUGUUUACAACAGCCACUGUCAUGUGUUACCCAUAUGUGUGUGUGAACCCUAUGUUUUGCAACAUAUUUCCGUUCUGAUAUCUGUGAUAGUUUUAUGAAUGCAACUGGAAAUCAAAAAGAUGACACCAUUCAAUAAAUGGGCACUGUAAUCCA